AUGGCUUGUUGGAAUGUAGUUGGAGUUCAAGGAGCUCUGCUUUCAUUCUUUCUGCAACCUGUUUACCUUUCUUCCAUUACUGUUGGACAAUCGCCUCACGGCUCUGAAAUGGUUCUUGUGGUUGAUCGCUUGAAACAAGCGCUGCAUGAUCGCAUUCUACCAUUGUCAAAUGAGCUAAUGAGUCCCUUUCAAGUGAACCAGGUCUGUGAAAUGUGUACUCUGUGAUAUUGCAUUAGA